AUGGAGCAAAAGAAGGCCGCCGCCGCCGCCGCCGCCGUCGUCGCCAGCCUCCCCGUGGAGAUGCUAGCCAACAUCCACGGCCGCCUCAGCCUCCUAGACCGCCUCGCCUUCGCCGCCGUCUUCCGUGCCUCGCGCGACGCGUUCAAGACGGAGCCGCCGUGUCUCGUCCAGACCGGCGGCGCCCCGGAGACCGCCACUCUCUUCUCCCUCGCCGAACGCCACGCCACAACCUUGCGCGGCCCGGGGCCCCAACAUGCCAUCCUCGGCUCCUCCUGCUCCGGGUGGCUCGUCACCGCCGACGACCGGGCCCGGCUGUGGCUCGUCCACCCGUUCACGGGCGAUCAGCGCGCGCUCCCGGCCAUCGAAACCAUACCCGGCCUCUACGCCCACCGCAGGCGGCAGGAAUUCACGCUCGACGUGAUGAGGUUUCUAAGGGGGCCGCCGCGGUACCCCUACCGCACCAUGACGGUGAGAGCCGAGGGGAUGCGGCACUCCCUCUACCGCAAGGUCGUUCUCUCCGACACCACCGACGUCGCCAUGCUCAUCACGGGGACGCAGUACGGCGCCGUGGCCUUCGCGAUGGCAGGAGACGACGCGUGGAGGAUGCCGCCCCCACCCCCGCUUGACAGCAUCGAGCCCGUCACCACAUCGUGGAGGCUGCACUCGCGCAACGGCGUCGAGGACGCGGUCCACCAUGACGGCAGGUUCUACACGAUCACAUACUCCGGCCAACUGGAGGCAUGGGAGGAGUGCGACGCCUACACCCGCGACGUGUUCACAAGCACGGUGAUCGCGCCGAGGCUGCCGCUGCCGGCCGACCCGGACCACCGCAAGUACCUUGUGGCAGCGCCGGGCGGGCGGCUGAUGGUCGUGCUCACGGAGUUGAAGGAUCGGCGAACUCGCUCCUUGAAGGUGCUGGUCCUCGACGCCGGCAGGGAGGGGUGGAAGGAGACGCACGACAUCGACACCGUGCUGUUCGUCGGGGUGAACGGUUCGCUGUGCGUGCCGACGAGGGAGCACCCGGAGCUCAAGGCUGGCUGCGUCUACUACUACAACCAGGGUAAUCCGGGGGCGUGCAACGGCAACUACAACUACAAUGGCGUCUGGGUGUUCAGCCUCAAGGAUGGCAUAGGGGAGAAGUUCGUGGUCCUUGGGCAGUACCGGAGCUGGCCACCGCCAGCAUGGUUCGUCCCUUCCAUCCCAUGA